AUGGCAAGGUUUGCGCUGGCCGCGUUUGUGGCCAUACGGCUUUGGGCACAAGACCAAUCAGUGUGCCAAGAAGAUGUCGACGAUGUGAUGUCCUGUGGAAACCUGGUCGACAUCUCCAACAUCACUCAUGAGAUCCAAGAUGUGUUCAAAGCUUCAAGAGAUUUGCGAGAUCAUUUCUGGCCAGCACCCUGGCGUGUGUCCCUUUUUGAUGAGAAAGAGCAAUACCACAACGCACUUGUGGAUAUCCAUCCACUUAUCAUCGAUCCUUGUGCUACUCCCUUCAAGCUGACAAAGAUCCGACGACGAGGACCUGAGCUUCUGGAUGCAGUGAUUUGGACCUUACGACACUUCUGCUGGAGGGCAUGCAGACGAGCGGCCGAGGAACGCUGUGGUCAGACGAGUGAGGAGAACGAGUGCGAGAACUCGAAGAAUUGGCACCAGUUGGAAGCGGUGAAUUUGGACAUUGAAGGAGCAACAGUGACAAUGCCUGGCUUGGACAUGGAUGAAUCCUAUGAACUCACUGUCUCUGUCGCCUCGGAGCUGCAUGCGAAGUCCAUCCACGGCUUCCGCCGGGGCAUGGAGACUUUGUUGCAGAUCUUCGAUGCUUUGAGAUCUGAUGGCUCGAAAAAAGGCGCCACUUGGAGCUGGGCACCAGGAGUUUUAGAUGGGAAGGUGCUCACGUUGCGAAUCAACGAUGACGCACGCUUUCCUUGGCGUGGAAUACUGUUGGACACUGCAAGACAUUUCAUCCCAGUUGAGGUGAUCACAUCGUUGCUUUGGGCCAUGGCAGCGAACAAACUGAACGUGCUGCAUUGGCACCUCACAGAUGCCGUGAGCUUUCCCUUGGAACUGGACUCCUUGCCGAAGCUGGCGGAGCUAGGCGCUUUGAGCCAGACCUAUUCCAAGGCCAUGGUGAAGCAGUUGAUUGAACAGGCAGCUAAUCUGUCCAUCCGCAUCGUGCCAGAGUUAGACAUGCCUGCGCACACGGCCAGCUGGAUUUUUGGAGAGCCGAGCAGCGUCUCCAACUGCACACAUGUCUUACCUGAUGAUCCAAAGGAAGCAAAGAACAUCUACAAAGCUCGAGACAAGUUGGCGCUCGACAUCUCAUCUCCUCGCUCGCGUGAGGUCGCGAAGAUGGUGCUUGCAGAAGUGGCUGCACUGUUUCCAGAUGAAUUCUUGCAUGUGGGUGGUGACGAGGUAGACUAUCGCUGCUGGACGACGAUGCCGCACAUCCGCAAAUGGAUGAAGAAGCAUGGUUUCGGACCUCUGGAGGCCUUGCAGGAUUUCUUCGACGAGAUCUGGGCAGAGGUGCAAAAGCAUGGGAAGCGCCCGGUGAUUUGGGAGGAUUCCUUUGAUCAAGGUUUACGGCUUCCCAUUGGAGCUGUUGUGCAGCCAUGGAAGUGCUGGGGAAACGUCAGCCUUCGAUUCCAGCCCAAGGCGCCACCAGCCAUGCUGGGACAUGCCUCAGCCUUCGUGGCUGUGAAGAAGAACCUUUCUGUGGUGCAAAGCAGCUGUUGGUAUUUGGAUUGGUCUUCUGAAUGGAUGGAUUUCUACGAGCACGCCGCUGAUGAGGGACCACUACAAAAUGAGCCCAGCAAGAGGCUGCUGGGUGGCGAGGCUGCUCUGUGGAGUGAGCGGAUGGACUUCAGCAACCUCGCCUGCCGUGCCUGGCCCCGAAGCGCGGCCUUGGCGGAAAGGCUUUGGUCCAACACUUCGGUUGGCUUUGCAGCACAAGCUCAGAGACAUCCUAAGGUGGAUCAGCGCUUGAGACUCCACACUCGGAGGCUUCAGAGACUUCAUAAACUGCCUUUGAGGCCCCUGAGGCCAGAGGACGGAAAGGCCAUGGAAAUCCAGGACGAUUUCGAACAUCUGGAGACGACAUGUCCGCUUUUGCCGAGCCAGGCGAUCCAGAGGAAUCCCAGAUCUGCAGAAUGGGCCUCUGUCAUUGCCAAGUGGAGUGGUCCUGGUCCUCUCAGACUCACCUCCGGAGGGCGAAGGCGAAGGUUUGCCAACGCCAACGUCUUGUGUGAUGCAGAUGAACUCAACAUCUACAGCCUCAAGGAUGGAAAGUGGAUUAAGGAAGACGAAGAAGCAUCAGUGAAUCGUGGCACGUCCAAGACAGACUGUUAUGGUUUCACGAUACCAUCAACAUAG